AUGACUUGGCAAAAGAAGUCUGAACUGAUACAGAAAGAUCCAGUAACAUGUGCUCGAAAUUUUGAACAUAUGGUGCAACAAUUUAUUCACAAUUUUAUUAAAAGUUCAUGCCAUCCAAUUGGAGAAGUUGUUGACUUUUUCUAUCGUGUUGAAUUCCAGCAAAGAGGUUCUCCACAUAUCCAUGGAUUAUUCUGGACAAAAAAUGCACCUGAGUAUGGUAAAGAUUUCGACGAAGAUAUUACCAAUUUCGUAGAUAGCUACGUUUCAUGUAAAGCUGACUCAGAUGAUUUAACUGAACUCGUAAAUUUACAAAGGCACAAACACUCUAAAACAUGCAAGAAAAGAGGAAAUGCUGUUUGCAGAUUUAACUUUCCUUUACCGCCAAUGCCGAGAACUAUGAUUUUAGAGCCUUUGUCUGAGACUGAUCUAGACGAAAAUGUUGCAGAUAUAGUAAAGAAAGCUUUAGGACAGAUACGUUCAUUAUUAGCCUCUAUUAAAGCUGAUGAAACCAUGACUUUUGAUGAAUUUCUCAAAAAGUUAGAUUUAUCAGAGCAGCAAUAUCUAAAGGCUAUACGGCUUUCUCUUAAACAUAAUACUUUGUUAUUGAAACGAUCGCCAGCUGAGAUUAGAAUCAACUGUUAUAAUCCAAACUUACUCAGAACUUGGAAAGCUAAUAUGGAUAUUCAGUACGUAUUAGAUCCUUAUGCUUGUGCUGUUUAUAUCCUUUCAUAUAUUACUAAAGGUCAAAGAGGAAUGAGCAAGUUACUUCGUAAAGCAUGUGAAGAAGCAAAAGAAGGCAAUAAGAAUAUUGUUAACAAAGUGAGACAUAUUGGUAACAAAUUUCUCAAUGCUGUUGAAAUAAGUGCACAAGAGGCUGUCUACUUAGUAAUGCAAAUGCCUUUGAGACGAUCGUCUCGAGAAUUCCAAUUUAUCAAUACAUCUGACCCACAUGAAAGAACAUUCUUGUUAAAAAGUAUGGAUAAAAUUAAAGAACUUCCUGAUCAUUCUGUUGAUAUUGAAUCAGAUAACAUUAUUAAAAGAUAUCAGAGAAGACCGAAGAAAUUGGAAAAUUUAUGUCUGGCUGAUUUUGUGGCUUGGUUCAAUUGUAAAAGUGACAGUAAUCAAAAAAUCAAGGUGCAACUAUAAUCAUGUAGAAAUGACAUUACUCAAAGUAAACCAACCAGUAAAUAAUUUACAUGUUGUAGGAAUUUAUCGCUCUAAAUCAAAAGUAAAAAUUUCAAUGUUCGUAGAUGCUUUAAAACGUUUGCACUCCACGUAUAUAAAUGAUCCAAAUACUCCUGUUAUCAUCCUUGGUGAUUUUAAUGUUAACCUUUUUGAAAAUGCAUCUGACAAAAAUACACUUUCUAAAUAUUUAAUCGAAGAAAAGCAAUACGUGCAACUUAUUAGCCAAGUGACAACUGACUAUAAAACACAAAUUGAUCAUAUAUACACUAAUAUCCCUGAAAGAGUAAAAAGUAGUGGUGUUUUAGAAUCGUACUUUAGCGACCAUAAGCCUAUUUUCGUGUCACUUAUUUGAUAUUUUUUAUUAAUAAACAAAUGAAGAGUUCAAGAAGUUAAAAUUUAAUAUAGCUACUGUACGUAUAAACUAAAAAUAACUGCAUCCCAAUAUCGACAAGCUUCAAGUUAAGUGGCAGUCCCGCUAAGAACGGUCCGAUGACUUUGACUUCGGAAAAUAGAUUCCCUUUAUUUUUUGUGUGUUGAAAGGCAUUGCUAUACAAGUGUCCAAAAUAAAUUUAUUUUUUGAAAAUUCUUUUUUAUGGCUUCGCUAGACGCCGAAACUCAUUUUACCCGUGCAGAGCUAUUUUCAAGCAAAAUCGAAGGUUGAAUUUCGGUAAAUUGUAGAGCCGCGCUGAAUCAAAACGCCUGACUAUUUCCAAAUUUCAACUAGAUCAACAAGUUAAGAUACAAUUCAGGUUCCCUGUUCCAAAAAAUAAGAGCAUUUGAAUAAAUCGUGAAUAAAUGACAGCAACUGGACGGCGCACCGGUUUUUGCUUCUUGUUCGGUCUACAAAAUUACACUAAAAUCUAAGCCUGAGAUCUCCAAAUGGGGACCUAAAAUUACGCUGAAAUGUGUUUGGCUGUAAUGAUUUAUACUUAUUUUCAGAAGAUCUGAAGAAAAACCUGCGGGUAUCAAUCUGUAUUUGGCGCGAGUUAAGAUUUUCUGGAGCCCAUAAUCAAUGAUUUUUGCAUAAUUUAUAGCUAUUAACAUAUUUCUUGAGAGGCGCUAAAAGUUAACAAUUUCUUUCUGACUAACAUAUCUCAGAUGAAAGAAACUACCACAGCUAGUAAUACCCUUUUUGUAAAUAUAGUCGUAAUGUUCUUUUCCUGACACGCUGAGAGAGCUUUGUUUUUGAAUGUUAUGCCACAUUUAUUCAGUCUGACCAGAUUCAUAUAAAUGUCACGAACUUGUAUAUUUCAAAAAUAUACCAGAAAUCAGAAUUCAGAAAGACCGAUUAUUCUUUCAUUGAUUCAGUUGAUUGAUUUAGUUGAUUGAUUUAAAAAACUAUAAGUAUAAUAGAACAUUCCACGUAUUUCCAUUGCCCCUAUAUAGGCCUAGAAUGUUUAUCAAUAUGUUCUACUUUUCUGUGGCGACGGCAUAUUAACAAAAUACGACACAAAAAUGUACAUUCGAAUUUAUGACCGACAUAUCAGAAUGUUGUUUAUGAAGUUUGAAAUGAAUUUACUUAAAGGUGAUCUACAGUCCGAUCUGCGCAUGUGCACAAAUGAGCCCACUUUUUGUGAUACAAACAGUUUAACUAUGUUUUGAGUUCUUAAAAAGCCUGAUUGUUGUUUCUUGAUCAUUUAUUAUACUCUAGAAGCUUGAAAAUAUAAAUAGUUGUCGAAUAAAGCUCAAUAUUUUGGACACAAAAAUGUAAACAAAGGCUUUGUUUACAUACGGACUGUAGAUCACCUUUAACGCGAAAUAAAUACUAAAAUAGGAAUUUUCUAUGCUGGGUUAAUAAAAGAAAAAGCAUAAUUUUAAUUGUAUGUAAUUUCGAUGAAUACUAUAAAAACAUUGUACGCAUUGUUUAUAUAAAUUAGCUAACAUUUUUAACAAAAAUAUCAAUUUUAUAAAUAAUCGAAUUUCAAUAUUUUUCUUUGAAAAAAAAUAUAUAUUCGUGAGCUCCAUAGCUGAGAAUAAAUUUCAAAAGUUUGUGAAUUAAAAUUCAGAAUGCUUAUAGUUUAUUUUGUAACAUGGCUAAAACAAACGUCGCUACUAUCGUAAUAAAUGUGUCAAUGUUAGCUAAUUUAUAUAAACAAUGCGUAUAAUUUUUUUUUAUAGUAUUCAUCGAAAUUACAUACAAUUAAAAUUAUGCUUUUUCUUUUACUAAACCAGCAUAGAAAAUUCCUAUUUUAGUAUUUAUUUCGCGUUAAGUAAAUUCAAUUCAAACUUCAUAAAUAACAUUCUGAUAUGUCGGUCAUAAAUUCGAAUGUACAUUUUUGUGUCGUAUUUUGUUAAUAUGCCGUCGCCACAGAAAAAUAGAACAUAUUGAUAAAAAUUCUAGCCCUAUAUAGGGGUAAUGGAAACACAUGGAAUGUUCUAUUAUACUUAUAGUUUUUUAAAUCAAUCAACUAAAUCCAUCAACUGAAUCAAGGAAAGAAUAAUCGGUAUUUCUGAAUUCUGAUUUCUGGUACUGAUAUUUUUGAAAUAUACAAGUUCGUUACAAUUAUGAAUCUGGUCAGACUGAAUAAAUGUGGCGUAACAUUCAAAAACAAAGCUCUCUCAGCGUGUCAGGAAAAGAACAUUACGACUAUAUUUACAAAAAUGGUAUUACUAGCUGUGGUAGUUUCUUUCAUCUGAGAUAUGUUAGUCAGAAAGAAAUUGUUUACUUUUAGCGCCUCUCAAGAAAUAUGUUAAUUAGCUAUAAAUUAUGCAAAAAUCAUUGAUUAUGGGCUCCAGAAAAUCUUAACUCGCGCCAAAUACAGAUUGAUACCCGCAGGUUUUUCUUCAGAUCUUCUGAAAAUAAGUAUAAAUCAUUACAGCCAAGCACAUUUCAGCGUAAUUUUAGGUCCCCAUUUGGAGAUCUCAAGCUUCGAUUUAAGUGUAAUUUUCUAGACCCAACAAGAAGCAAAAACCGGUGUGCCGUCAAGUCGCUGUCGUUUAUUCACAAUUUAUUCAAAUGCUCUUAUUUUUUGGAACAGGGAACCUGAAUUGUAUCUUAACUUGUUGAUCUAGUUGAAAUUUGGAAAUAGUCAGGCGUUUUGACACAGCGCGGCUCUACAAUUUACCAAAAUUCAACCUUCGAUUUUGCUUGAAAUUAGCUCUGCACUGGUAAAAUGAGUUUCGGCGUCUAGCGAAGCCAUAAAAAAAAAUUUUCAAAAAAUAAAUUUAUUUUGGACACUUGUAUAGCAAUGCCUUUCAACACACAAAAAAUAAAGGAAAUCUAUUUUCCGAAGUCAAAGUCAUCGGACCGCUCUUAGCGGGACUGCCACUUAAUCUUCAAGUCAGAACAAUCUUAGAAAUCAGAACAAAGAAGAUACAAUGUUUAAUAGAAUCUAUCAGAACAUAGUGAUAUAGAGUCAUAUACAAUCAAUUCAUAGCCAUUUGAUCUUUUAUCAACUCAAAUGGACUCAGACCCAGUGCUGACUAGAUCUCUAGAACACCACUGGAUUACCCCCUCGAUUCCCGAGGGGUCAACGUCGCUACUUACUUUAGCGGCAGAAGAAGUCUCGCUGUGACUCCAAAGCUUUAAGAAGGUGAGUUUUAAUUAAUUUUAUAUAUUUUUAAAUGACUCCCUUCGCAAUUUACGACACUGUGUAUAUAGCUACAGUAUUCUUGUACUCAUUUAAUUUUCUUUUCAUCCUUAUUUUAGUGACAUCAUGACCAUAUUGAAUGAAGAUUAUAGGAACCUCAAAUAUUCAACCCUCAAAGUGUGGCUAACAAUUUCGAAAUUACCGACUUCCAAGUUUGCACUAAUAGCAACAACAUGAAGCCAGCACAUAUCCCAACCAUACAUUGUGAACUGUCAGUCAUCACAGUGAAAUUACAAGAGAACUCCACAACGCCCAUGAUUAACUUAAAUGUGUGAUCUGAACUGAGAGAAAAGAGAAGAAAAACAUAUUACGUUGAAGCCACGAUCAUCAUUCAACCAACAAGAAACGAAAAUAUAUGGCAAGAAAUAAACAUUUCAAAUGACGUAGACUGGUUAUUGACUGUCACCUCCUGAUAUCAAAAGACAAAAGCUAUAGACUAUACUAAUAUGCGAACUGAUUCUUUGACGCACUAACGUUAAUAAUAUCUUCUCUCACGAAGAUUCAUGUAAACCUGAUUACAGACAUUAAAAAGCGAAAUACAGAAUUGUCUCCCAUUCGACAUUUUGUUUGCUUAUAGCGUAGUUAAAAAAAUACUACAGCUGUCCACAACUCGUGUGAAACGUGAGGCUACAACCAAAGAUGAGGGAUUAUAAUAGUAUUAGCUUAGCCUAUAGCCUUGUAGGUCAUGUGUCACGACUCGCACGAGGCAAUUGUUCUUCCGAUCUGCAACGCAAUCCUGUCGCUACGAAAGUGGUGCUGAAAUACUCUAAAUAAAAUAUGUAACUGUAAUUGAUACAGUUCUUGCAGUGACUUUUUCAAUUUGAAACUUCACACUAUCCUUGGAUCCCUAGUUGUUACUAGAUAGCAACUCACUGUAGUUGCUUAAAAAACAUUUGCGCCGUCAUGCAAAUGUUGAGAAUGACUGUGUGGGUGAAAAAAUUCAGUCCUUAAAGAGAUCAAAUUUCUACAGAUUGAUCGCAAUUUAUGUUCUAUUUUUAAAAUAAAAUAAAAUAAAAUAAAAUAAAAUAAAAUAAAAUAAAAUAAAAGAUGAACUUGAGGAAUAAUUAACUAGGUGGAAAAUGGAAUUUUGGACGAAAAGGUAAAACAAGUGCUGAACAUUACAGCAUUUAUUCGUUUAAUUAAUUAUCGCCUAGCCUGUGUUCCUGUCCACUCGCUCCAAUUAAGCAACGUUUAUAUGAAAAUAAAAUUCCCGAUAUUUAAAUUAUCUAUUACGUCCCCCUCUCCAAUGAGCUCCCUCCUUUUAAGAUGAAGAAAUUUAUUAAAUUAAAUAUAUGCUAUCAAUAAACAAAUUCUCUUUUACUGGUAGGAUAUUAGGUUGGAUGUCCAAACUACAAUUGCAAACAGAUUGAAUGAAUAUUGUCGGAACAAUUCUGGGAAUUCAAUUUGUUCUGCUAAUAGGUAGGUUUAUGCAAAGUCUUAUUAUAAGUUUUAUAUUAAACGCCAGCCAAAGGCUUGUUAGCGCCGUUCCGGUGCGAUAGCCUAGCUGGUGCGAAGAUACUAAUUUCGCACGGGUAUAUGCACCUGGACAUGUAAAAGUACCAAUUCCGCUCGGGUAUUUGCAUCCGUGUAUCUGAAUGCACUAAUUCAGCAUAAUUGUCUCAAAUUUCAAAAUUUGUUCAAUUUAAAAAGCUAGUCAAUCUUUGACAACAAUACUCGUUGUCUAGGCGAAUAAACCAUGGCAACAAACGAAUAUUUUUGGGUAAUUUGUUGAUCCAAAGUUUGAUAUGCCAAUCUCAAAAAUGUAUUACGUAAUACUAAAAUACUCAAAAUUUGCUAAAUUCACAGGGCUAUAUUUUCCGUAUUUUACAACAUUUCGCAGCCAAACAUUGCAAUUUUACUAAUUUAGGAUGCUCUUUUGAGCUAUAGCGAUAUAUUUCGUCUUCCUUGUCUGGAUAAAAAAUAGUCGAUAUAGCUGGAGUUGUCUAUUUGUCGUCAUGAAUGUUCGAAAUUCUUCGCUUUAAUUCCCAAAGUGAACAACAUUAUAGAUUCACUUGCGAAUAAUUUGUAAUUUAAUUUUACUUUAUUGAAAUUUACAAUAAUCUCGAACAAAUGCAUGGCAACUGUAUUGAAAUUAUCUGUGUUGGUGCAAUGUACUCAGGUGAAUAUGAUGCCUGUGAUGUUACUCUGAGUGUAUAUCCGCACCGGGCAAGGUUGAAAAAUAGUCCUGGCCACGGUGGGAUUCGAACCUACGACCUAGUGGAAAUUAGUUUAAUACGCCGUUUUAUGCAGUUUAUCGACGUCGACUAACAGUAACAUGCAUGAUUUCAAAUCUACUCCAAAUUCAAACACUUAUAUAUACUUCAAAUUCAAACAUUAAUAUAUCAAGUUAACAUAUGUUGAAUAUAACUAAACUUAUUUGGAUGCAAUAUGUAGUUUUCAUUAUAUAUUAAAUCAAACAAUGGGACUUUUUCGGGGGGACCCGGAGAUCCGGUAGAUAAUGUAAAAGUCCAAAACAUUUAGCAAGCAAUGUCCCUUCAAAGUAAACUUAUUCAAGUUGAUUGUGAUAUCAAAAAGGGAUUACAUUCAUAACAAUAUGUUCGCUCAUAACAUACAUUUAUUUCUUCACCAGAACCUUCACCAAAGAUGAUGUUCUUGUCCAAAUUGAUCCUGCUACUAGCAGUGUCAGUUUCGUCGUUCUUGAUCCCCAGACAAGGUUACCAGUUUCAGCCAGCGGUGUACAAGAUGCCAUCAGUGGAGAAUUUAUGUCCGACCUUCUCGACUUAGAAUUUACAGUGCCACUACCACAGGAAAAUAUUGAUAACGCAAUCAAUGUCGUAUUGAAAAAUUUCCAAGCAGAUCAGGUUUGUUUUUCCAUGUACUUUUAAUUCCAAGGACAUCGCCAGAAAUCGUCUGAUUAGGCUGUUUCACAAUGUGAAGAUAUUAUACAGUCUAGUCACGUUUAAAUUUAUGCCGCGAGACCGCGAGUUAUUACUAUUUAAGAAUUUACCCAAAGGACUUGGAAUUACAUUGAUCUGGUCAUGCAUAACUAUUGGCUGAAAUAACUGAACCUUUAAACGCUGGUUAAAAUUCGAUCUAUAUAGCUUACGUCAACUGUAUAGAUUAUACUUAUUGUAUUUGCGAUUGCUCAGUAAGGCGACCGCGCGUUCGAAAUGAAGGAUAAUUAUUAAUGUGAAGUUUUUGCUAAUGUAAUCUAUUUCAGUGCAGCGUAAUUAUUAUGAUUUAAAACAACAUUAUAGAAAGCAGUGGCGGAAAUCUCGGUGGGGCGGGGUAUCCGCCCCCUUCCCCACCUUCGUGGAAAAUGACGAAUUUUCGGAAAUUUUGACCUGUAAGAGGGCUAAAAACAGCAUUUUCGAGCGCAAAUGAGGGGGUUUGUCGGAAAUUUGAAUGUUUUGUCGGAAAUUUAGAAGGCUUCGCCCUUCCCCCCCGGAAAAAGUGAAUUUCCUCCACCGAUAAAAAGUACACAUUGCGUACUUCAAAUUUUAUAUUGAUUUAUAUUGAUAGUUGAACUAUUUACUAAUUUACUAUUUAUGUAGUGGUCUCUCCGAGAUACACUGUUUCGGCAGAACAUGGCAGAGGAAAUCAGGGCAUUCUGUAACAUGUCAACGUACCAUCGUGAUAUCUGUAACAUUUCAGAGUAAGUCCUUCAAGCACAAUUUGACUUUUUACCUAGAUUGUAUUGCAAGAUAUAUGGAUGGUAGUUAAUAGCACAGACUUGGUUCGAUAUCGUCUAUAUACAGUCUGUUAUGAGUUCAGUUCAUAAUUUGGAAAUGAAUUUGUUCAUAACAAACGGGAUAGACUCUAUGAAGCCAAUUCGAGAGAGAUUUGGUGCAAGUCUUCGACUACCACGGUGGCAUCAUGCCGUUCGGCUACCACCAUUCUGAAUUUCUUCAAUAUACUACUGUGUAACUGGGAAGAUACCGAUAAUACUAUUUUUAUUAUUCAGUUUUAAUCUGAAUCAUACAUUUGACGUACAUAGCUUCUCAAGUGGCUAAAAAAUUUCAGAUGAAUAUUUUUUUCUUGAUGUUAUAACUUGCUUCUUUACCACACCUUCUCAUGUUAUAAGUUGAGAUAUGUGAAAAUGACUUCUAUACAGUAAAUUUUAUAUCAAUGUUUGUUGAACGCAUAAGAUAUGGACAUUCCCGUAUGACAAGUCACCCCUGGAAUGUUAUACCAGACAUAUCACUCGAACAGUUGAUUUUAGCCCCAAGUGCAGUUUAUUGUAGAUUAAACAUUGAUUAUCUGCAUUUCGCCUUUAGCGCUGACGUCAAUGGUUUUACCUCUGAUCACAUUCGAAGACUUCCGAACUCACCCACGCAAAAUGGAACCGAUUCUAUUCUCUCAUUUUACGCAGUUUUACCAAGUGGUAGUGGUUCAUUACCUAGCAGUGUCUUAGCAACCAUAUUUACGUCACAACAAGACAACAUUCUCUCCGUGAACAGCGAACUUGAAAAUCCAGGCGAAAGCAUAUCAAGUAGUCAAACUCCAGCUCUUACCCCUACCCAAACCCAAAACAUAGUGGCAAUAACAAUUUUCAACUUCAAAUCUGCAAAGGUGAGUGGAAAACAUGAAUGUCUAAAGCGAUGAGAAUUUAGUCAGCUGCAACCACCGAAUUUCUCUUUUUUUUUCGAGUUAGUAUAACUAUUUGAAGAUUCCACUGUCUAUGGUUGCUUAUUCAGCUAGGUUACCUGAAAGCAUAUAUGUUGACGAAUUAAUCCAGAUUAAUAUCAUUUUCUUACGCAAUAUUAUUUAUGAUUUAUCGAUUGUAUCAUGUUCAUACGUAUACACGUACUUUUAAAAAGAAUUUAAAAAACACACUAACAAAAUAAUCUUCAAGAAAAUGAAGAUCUAUAUAUCAACAUUCAAGUUUUUCUGGAAAGUUAUAUCUUAUGAUAAUUAACAAGCUCCUGCAUGCACAGUCUAUAUAUAAUUGGACCUAUAGCUUAAAAAUAAGCAAUUAUAGCAAAAACAAUUGAUUCCAGUUUCACAGCUUGAUCGUACGCACUAUCUAUAUGUUGUCUAUUUAGUGGCUAUAAAAUUUUGUCAAUCUAAAACUAUUGAAUGAUUUCAUGAGAUAUUCCGUGCUAUUACACACAGUAAACAAUUAACAACAAAUAACAAUGAAUACUAAAUCACAACUACUGCAUGUAGCAAACUCUUGAUAUACAGUAGGGAGGAUGGGCGGCAAAUAAUUGAUUUUGAUCAAUUUUUGUUUUAACAACUUUCCUUUAAUUAUUUUUAGGUUAAUACGUUGGUAGUUGUCGAUAUUAGAGUAACUGUAGCUGCAAGGAUGAAUAUUUUCUGCUUCAGUACACCUGGAGAUGUAUGCAGCCUUAUAGUCAUUGGGUGAGCUACUAAUUCAAACAAUAUACUCAUUUAUUGUUUUAAAGUCAUUCACGGGAGUUACAUGCAGUAUAGUUCAGUGCUCAUAACAAUUCCAAUUGUGAAUAAAGGGAAAUAUAGUUUUUGGUGCAUGGACAUUUAAUAAUAAUACUGGGUUUUAAUAGUAUACAUGGAAUAAGAUAACUUAAUUGUCAUGUAUUUACAUGGGUACUACUAAAUGUUAUUAAACUAUAUCACAGGUAAUAAGUACCCUAUAGUGUAGUUUAUGUGAUGGGGAGGACAUGUCUUUAAUUAAGUCACUGCAAUGUAUGUCUCGUCUCUGAUUAAGUGGAAGUAGUUUAGACGAAGCAAGAGCAUCUUCAUAACUUAGAUCAGAUCCUUAGAGCAGCGCUAGCACGUUUUUGGAUUCUUUCUAUAUCUUGACUUUGUGAGGCCAUAAUAUGUCACCGUAUUCCAAAACCGAUCGAAUCACUGAACAAUAAAACUUUAAUAGAUCUUUUACUGGUGCGCCAUAUUUCUUUAACACCUUUAAAAAAUAGAGGCGUUUCCUGGCUUUUAAAAAAAAGGUAUUAGUAUGCCAUUUGAGAUCUGAUUGAAGCGAAAUUCCUAAUAGCUUGUCGGAUUGUACUCUUUCAAUAGGAAUGUUGUCUAUCGUAAUUACUGGUAUUUCAGAUUUCAUAAUUCGAAGGUCGAUUACCAUUUCUUUAGUUUUUUUCAAGUUCAACCUCAUGUUUUCCUCUCUUGAAAAUUUUGAAAUUCUUUCAACAUUUGCUUGGAUGUUGCUCACUCGGUUGGUUUCAGGGUUAUUUAUAUUGAAAAUCUCUGAUAGGGUAGUAUCGUCCAUAAAAAUUGAAACAUGUUCUUUUCCUGAAUUUUUGUCAGUGAGUGCCAAAUCCGGUAGUUUAUUAAUUUUGGUAAUAAAUGCUAUCGGGCCGAUUUUACUUCCUUGAGGUACCCCUGCAUGCGUUACUUUACUUCCUUGAGGUACCCUUGCACUAAUGUUUUGAAGUGCAGGUCUUUUGGGAAGUGUGCUUUGAAAGGCCGGAGGAAAAACUAGUCAAAAGCCUAUGGGAUUUUGUGGCCGCCGCCAAUAUUAUGGCCGGUCAGCUGACUCACUAGACGGUUUUAGAUAACAAGACGCGGACGUCAAGAGGACGUGAAAAUGACGUAUGCACCUCGCGUUCACUUCCGGGUUUUAAUCUGGGACGACUUGUUUGUCUUUUUCGAAACAAAUUUUUGUUUUCUUGUUACCUGUUCAUUCCUGUAUUGUUUUCAAUCAGUUGUUAAGAUAUGUGCAAGAAAAGGCUACAUAAUACUGGCCAAGUGUUUUCUGAUGAAUUAGCAUGCACAUUCAAUAAGUUUUUUUUUAGAAAAAAACCCGUUAUAUUUCGGUAUUUUGAAAAGUGAACUUUGUUGCAUCAUUUGGAAUAAAUACAACAGCUGCAGGUAUUGUUUACGAGCUAAUUGUAGCCUAUUCAAUCAAGUUUGUCAACUGUUCAGUAUAAAUAUAGCAUCAGUGUUUAUAUUGGUAAAAUUUAAUACUGUUUACGAUAGUUUUUCGCGCUGGAAAGCGUUCUUUUUUGCUUGUCUUACUUUUUGCACUGUUGUGACAGAGCAACUAAAAUUGAUUGAGUUUUUACUGCUUUUAAGUGCUGUUAUUUUUCUAUUUUCCCACGUUUUCCUGAUUUUAAACAAUUGUUAAUAUAACUUCAGUUUAGUUUGUUCUAAAAUAUUUGUUUUGAUGAAGAUUACUAGCGGUAUUGAAGUGGUUAUUUACAAUGCUUGCAGUUUUGUUGAUUUGUUUUAUGGCGACCGAAAGUAUUUGUCGAAAAUCAACUAGUCUAAAAUUUAGCGAAAUACAAGAAAAACAACCUUAUCAAUGGAAAAACUUUAGCUAGUAUCAUUAAACAAUACAUGGGGAACAAAAUAGGAAGAUUUUUAUUAUGCAUAGUCUUAUAUUUUUUUCAAAAGAAGCAAAAAUCUGUGACGUUCUAGAGAGGACGUGAAAAUUGUAUUUUCGCGUCGUGAAAUCGUCCAAGACGACGUCGCAAACCAGAAGCUGACGAUAGUUGGCGCCAAAUGACGACAUCCACGUCCUCUUGACGUCCGCGUCUUGUUAUCUAAAAUCGUCUAUUAUCUAAUUUAAGUAACGUCGUUUGAUUGGUUCUUAUUUAAUUAUUGGCUAAGGUCAAAUUCGAAUUGCAUGGUUGCCCGAUUCAAUUAUAUUGUUUUAUUUAUAUUGAAAAUCACUUGUUUCUUAUCGACGAAUUAUUUGAAACAGCUUUGCCAAAUUCAUUGACACAUUUAAUUUAAAUUAAGUCUUGAACACAGUCUUAAUUUAAACCAUGCGGCGAAAAAUUCUGUAUUUAUACAUUUAAUUGUUUUGCAUGGGCGGCGUACUGGUAGACAACGGUUUGUUAUAUCACUAUACAGGUUGACAACUUUCCGCGAACAUUUCUUGCAAUCCGAUUUUCUGUAGCCACGGCACUGGCUUUUGUCUAGUUUUUCCUCGGACCUUUAUUUUCUUCGAAAGGCCUGACAUUCAGGUUAUAGAUUAACCUAGGAUUAAGCUAAUCGGCUUUGGAACAAUCAGCCCUGUAGAUCUGUGACGUUCGCCCAACAUAAAUUGUGUAAAUAGCUGUUAUCGUAAUUGAAUACGUCUAUGCUACGUACCAGCGGUAUCUGCAUUAUUUUAACAUCGAGACGAGGCUAUAGGGUCUUGUUUUGUGUUUUUUUACCCUUUAGCCUCGUUUUCGUGCGUACUUCCACUGAGAUACCGCUGGUAUUCCGCAGCGGCGUAUUCAAUUACGAUAACAGCUAUUGUCAAAUUCAAAUUUCUAUUUUAGUCACAACAACAGAAGUCUGCUUUACUUUAUCCAACAUUAAAGAAACCGUAACAAAAUUUUGACGUCUCGCCUACCAGGCAUGGUCUCGGCUUAUAGGCAUACAGAAUGUCGCAUGCAAUCGAGCAAGCACCCUUUGUAAAAUUACUACGAGGCGUGGUCACCAGUAGGCGAGAUUUCUCGAUAACAAAACUCAUAUAUAUAUAUAUAUAUAUAUAUAUAUAUGAACAGUUCCAUAGGCGUAGAAAGAUCGAUAAUUUGGGGGGGGGGCAUAUUCAUAUAUUCGAGUAAAUUCUGCUUGAGCAGUCAACUGUCGUUCAUUCUAACUACAUGGCCGAUAUUAUGCUAUGCCAUAGUUGUUUAUGUACCCUUCUAACAUUUGUUACUCUCAUUUUAGCCGCAGGAAGAAGAGAUCAAGGUAUGUGAAUAUUAAUUUAUAACGAUUAAAAAUUUAAAUAAAUUAGUUAUCUGGUGUUGUAUAUCCGUUGCGUGUAAGCACUUGUACAAAAAAAAUUUAAUUAACUGUUCUCCACUUAAUUUCAAUAAGCGUAGAAGUGAUGGAGAGGGUUAUGUUCAAGUGUUGGGUUCUCCUAUAUAGCGCUGUGACAUGCUGCAUAGUGCCAUUAAUCUUUGAGUUUUUCUUUUUUGGUGUUUUAUUUUUGUUUUGUAUUCUUUGUGUGUGCUUUGUGGAUAGAUGCAGGGACGCCGGAACGAUGUGAAGGCAAGGGGGGCAGAUUUUCGUGAAAGGGCACUUUUGAAUUUAUAUAUACUAAGAGAUAUUUGCAAAACAUCGGGAGUUGAACUUCGCCUAAUCAUGUUUUCUAUUUAUUGGAUGAUAGGGGUGUGAGGGGGUUCUCCGCCAGGCAAUUGUGCUAUUCUUGAAGCUCGAUGACUGCAUUUCUUGCGUUCAUUCUGAAGCAAAUUCGUAAAAUAAUCGCACUAACAUUUCUGACAAUUCGCUAUUUCGCCAAGGCAAUCCUUUAAAUUGAAACGGCACCUUUGACCUCCUUACCCCUCCUGAUAAAGGGCAACGGGGGCGGCUGCCCCUCCUGCCGUCCCCCCCUCCCAGUUCCGGCGUCCCUAGAUAGAUGAGUGGGUGUGUUGGUUUAUAUUCUUAAAACUUGUAGUAAGUAACUUAGAGACUCACAAUAAUUGGUAUAAACUGUUGUAAUGUUUUAUGCUUUCCAUAUUUACAUGCGUAUAGACUGCGUUAAUUUUUAGCCUCUACGUGAAGCUUUAUAAAAAUGUAAAUCAAUAAAAAGUCUAAAUUGUUCUUUAUGGAGCAUAAAUAUAUGCUGUAUAUAAGUUGCUGUUUAGUGAAAUUGCAUAAAAUUGUGUUUUAUGACAGGUUUCCCAAAUGCUAAUUAAAAUCAUACACUAUAACAUUGUAUUUUUCCCCGUUAAAUUUCAUAAAGUACAUUUGUGAAAAUUAGUUGUAGCUAGGAGUGGUGUUCAAAAUAUUUCACCAAAGACUUUUUCCUUACAGCGACCAAUUUAGCCAAAAUGAUGUCAUAGUUGAUGGGAGCUCUGUAAUGGAUGCCGGGACUAACACAGUUGUAGGUGUCGUCGUCAAUCAACCAGGAACAGUGACUCCAGUAGAAAGCAGUGUUGUUGAGGAUGCUUUACAUCAGACUAUUCAAGAAGAUGGUCAGACACAAAUUACCAAUCUUACCCUUGCAGUUGUCAAUGCACCUACAGUUUCCAACAAUCAACGUGAUAACGCGAUCAGUGUUCGUUUAACCGGCAUCCAGCCUAGUGAGGUGAGAUUUGUGUUCACGAGCAAGCGAAAAAUUGAUGGACAUCAAAUGAAACUUUUCUCUUUACCGUGUAUUUCUUCCAAACGUUAAAUUGAAAUUUAAUUGAUAAUCUAUUUAUAGUGGACGCUACAACAAGAUAUAUCAUUCCGAAAUAACAUGUCUGAUGCAAUUGUCCAGUUUUGUAAUCAGAGUGAUGCACGAUUAGCUUCGUGCAAUCUCACACGGUAUGUUAAUAAUGAAAUAUACUACAAUAGAAGGUUAUACAUGACAUUACUAUCAUGACUUUAACGGCUUAUUAACCGAGUGUGAGGUCUGUAUAAUGUGAAAUGUCAGACUAAGGUUUUUAGUAUUGACCGUGCGUCGAAGGAGGGACGUCCAUGCAAAAAACAGAGGUCUGGAUAUUUCACAGUACAGACCGAACAAGCGAGGUCGAUAAUCGGUUUAUUAUAUGGCUGAACUGAGUCUGUGAGCAUAUGCUUUUCGCGCGAUUUAAAUCGGCAAUCGUCAGUUUCACUGGGUAACAAUAUACUGUAGGCAUGCAUGGUUAAUCAAAAACAAUUUGGUUGUUUGAAAUUCUUAUCUGUAAAUUUUAAUGACACACAAUUAGAAAAUUAAAAAGCAAAAGUUUUUUCUGUUUGGCAAAGCAAAAAUUUUCCGCCGAUAAACGACAUCCGGGACACCGGUCCAGAUACGGAAAAUACGGACCACGGUCCGGAUAUGGGUUUUUACGGACCCCUUGUCGACCAAUCAGAAUAGAGAAUUUUGAAAAGCCAUAAAAUAAUAUGUAUUAUAAUACCACGAGUACAUAUAAUGUAAUAAUAUCUUCAGUGAAUAGACGAGGUGGGUUUUCGGUGGACUAAAGAAUUACAAAUUAGCAUAAUUCAGAGCUGACGUUUCGCCCAGCAAAUGAGACCAAAGCAUACUAGCCUUAAUGAAAUUCAAUUGAAACAAUUAUACUUGGAUCGAGUCCUCCAAGACGUUAUAGAUAGAAAUUAUAUAGACCAUGAAUAUAAUGAUGUAAUCGAAUAAUAUAUAGAUUGCGCCAUUAAAUAAGCUCAACAUGGAGACUAAAUUCGUUUAAUUCCAUUAAUUGAUGUUGAUAUAUUCUUCUGCGUGGAUGUCGCAGUAGUGGUACCUCCAUUGACUAAACACGUUUUCUGUUAAUUAUAGGGAUCAACUGAACGAAAUUGAUUUCCAGAAUAUCCAGAUUUUGCCCAAUUCUCCCACGCAAGAUGGCGACAAUUCAGUUCUGUCAUUCUUUGUUAAUCUACCAAGUGGAGCAACAAUGCCUCAGAUCUUUUGA